AUGGAGUGGCAGAGCGAUGUGGCGCCUGCGGUUCAGGCGGCCAAGGAGAAGCAGGCCGUCCUUGCAGUGUUCCUGGAGGUUCCUGGUGCCGGGCCUGGGCCAAGCAUUUCCUUCGUCUCAACGGGCGAGAGUGCGUUGGUGGCAGUGCUACCAGCACCCGUGUCCUGUGAAGCUUUGCGCAAGCAUUUGUAUGUCGUCACGGGCCGCGUUGUGCCUGCCAAGGCCCCGGAGGCCUCAGCUCCAGCCACCGGUGCCUCAGUCCAGGAGAAGCUUGCAGCUGCCCGAGCACGGCGCGUUGAAGACGAGCGGCGCCAGGCCCGUGAACAGGAGCUUGCGCGUCGUGAAGCUGGCAAGGAAAUGGGCAAGCUGCGUCAGGAACAUGAAGAGCGUCAAUUGGCAGAGGCAGCCAAGGAGCGACGUCAAGACAAGGAGCGCGAGGCCGAGCGCUUGAAGAAGGUGCGCGAACAAAUAGAAGCCGACCGCGCUCGUCGCAAGGCAGAGCAUGAACAAUUCAAGCAACAAAAGGAAGAAGAACGGCAGCAGCGUGUGGCCGAACGCCAAGCACAGGCCGACUUGCGACGCCGUAAUGUGGCGGAUGAAGCACGCGUGGCCAUCCGAUUGCCCGAUGGGGCCACUCACAAGCUAUCCUUGUCCAAGGACGCAAGAUUGCAGGAUUUGCACCAGCGAGUGGCUGCAGAGUAUUUGCCCGAUACGGCCUUUUAUUUUCUGCAAACAUAUCCGACGCGCAACUUUACUCUUGCACAAGAUGGCGCUAAAAGCCUGGCGGACCUGGAGCUGAUGCGCGCGCAGCUCAUCGUCAAACUGGAGCGUGGACAGAAUGGAGCCGCUGCCAGCAGUGCCGGCAGCGGUGCAGGUGUUCAUCGCCAGCCCAACGUUUGCGAGGUGAUUGUGGCAGCCAUCCGCGCAUUCUUUGCCCCGCCCACGCCAGCGGCCCCCGGGGCAGUGUCAACGUCAGCAUCUCGCCCACGGGCACAGCACCCACCUUCAGGUGUGUACAUGGUUCUGCUUGGGUGGUCGGACUACGGACCCUUCAUUAACGGGGGUGUUGCGUGUGAUCCUUGA